AUGGAAAAGUCUGGAGUAGGCUAUUUGGGAGUGGUUCAAGUUCCUCUGCGGCAGAUGCAAUUUAUGGAAGAGGUAGGAGAGCGGUUGCACGACACACGACAAACGGAACGUCUCCAAGCACUCUUUCAAAAUACUGCAGCUGAUCAUGAAAACUAUAGGCAUUGGGUUGAUGGCUACAUCGACAAUACUGAAGUGUCAUCCUUUGUAAACAAGCUGGGUCUGUCCCGUCAGGAACUCAAACAGCAUAACCUAGAUGGCAAUUACCCUCGCCUUGAUGACCAGGUCGUGUGCUUCACUCAGGGUCGUCAUCGAAUCGAAGCGGCCAGCAACAUUAAUCCAUAUGACCUUUGGACGGUCAGGCUGUCAUGCAUGAGCCUCUCGCAAAUCCAAACCAACCAGAUAGUGAAAUCACGAACGGAGCAAUAUCAGCAUGAGACGCCAGAUUCAGACGGGCGUAUAUACUCUAAGCUGCGAGAGUAUGGGGACAGAGGGCUCGAGUUCCACGAGUGGCAUCAGCGCUUGAGUAAAAAGAAACAGUAUAUCUUUCGAAGAAUCACUCAGCGUUGUACCAUGGUGGAGGCACUUGAUUUGCUUAUACAGCUUCCAGGUGUCCUUGACUUCCUGCAGCUUGGGUGCUACGGCACAGUUUUCGACAACCGACUUUUUGAAGAGUGUAUCACUGGUUGGAAUCUCAUAUUUGCAGAAUGGUCAAAGUUUACCCUUGGCAGUAGGCUUCUACGAAGUUCUAUUGACAGGGACACGGUGGUCGCUCUCGAAGGCCGUGCUCCGGCCGCCAGUGAAGCAGACCGGGAGUGGAUUCACCAGGCGUUCACAAGCGGCCAAGUUUGGUCGAGAAUUACGGACCCACAGCAACGAUGUGAACUGGAGAGUCGAGUGCAAUCGACCACAGUCAUAAUACCAGGCCUUCGUUGGCUGCAGGGCAACCUCCUGUAUCUGAACAUAGCUGCCCGCAUCAUUUGGAAGCUGAUUAUCCCUGAGAAGGAAGGGCGAAAGGCUGAACGUAAGAAGCUGUCGUUGCAACAAAUUUUACAGAGCUAUUGGGUCGCGUCCGAGUCCAAGUCGUGCGUUGAGAUCCAGGAAGGCGUAUUUCAGCCCGUGCAUGGUCCGGCGUCGUUCAAUUUAGCGUACAAUCAGCUGAUGCUGGCCGCUCUUCGCCAAUUUCCCUAUCUGAGCAAGCCUGAUCCCAAGGGAAAGAGUGGAGAGAAGCUGGGUCUGUCAUUAGACUUGAAUUGCAUAUCACUCUUCCACAAGAGGGCAGCUCUUCUUGGAUUUCGCAGCUCCGUUAUCCAGCAAGGGGUCGCCAUUGUGCGUCCACCAUUCCAACCUCGAGAAUGGACUACAGGUAAAGACUCGACUAGUUUCAACGAGGUCAAGUUUUUCAGUCAAAUGUACCACCGUUGGGGAAAGCCGCACGUGCAUGUAUUUCGGGUAAUCCAGACGUCUGCAUUUCUCCCCAAGCUCACUCGCGCCAGAUCUCAUUCCGAAGUUGAUAUAACCUAUGUCUUGCAAGACUUAUUACGGACCUUUGUCAAACCUUGCAGCUUCGACUGCGAUUUGUCAGGCCGGUGUAUAUAUCUCAACGUGGGCGUCGAGGCUCUUCAAUACCAUUCUGCCGUGGUUGGGACUAGGCCCGCAAAUUGUCACACACGCAACGCCGGACUGCAGACGAUUGAGGAGGCUAGCGAAUCCAGUAACAACAACCGCUACGGCCCCGACUAUCUUACAUGUACUCAACCAGAACCAAUAAGCACAGCCUUCAUGCACGACCAUGUUAGAAGGAGAGAUGGUAUAAUCACGCGUGGCGGCACUGCCACAUCGUCGUAUGUCUCCUAUGAUGGCGAGCGAGGGACAAGACCUGGUCCGCUUGAGCCGCAGCGUCAUAGGAACUCCUAUCGGUCUUCCGCAACCAAAGGACAGAGAGAGUUGCUACGUCAGCCCUUGGUAGUUGGCCGUCACUCAUUUGGAAUGCGAGACAUCUUAGAGAGACAAAGCUGGCUUGUGGAACAGGGCCGCCGUAUUAUGUCUAGCGACGAAAGUAGCUCAUUUGAGAAUUCUACUUGCUCGCGAUCCGCUUUACCGAGUCCACCUGUGUCUAGUCAAGAAUACCAUGCCGUUGAACACCUAUCAGAUGAGUUCAGGCAACCAUCCUUUGGUGUCGACCUCACGGGAACGCUAGCCAUUCGCAGUCUCGAAAAUUAA